AGAAAGAAUUAGAAGCCGAAGUAGUCCGUCUUCAUGAGGAAAAAUUGCGUUUAUUAGCCGAUAACGAAAACCAAAAAAAAAUUCAUCAGCGAGAAACUGAGCGAAAAGAAUCGGAAGCCGUAGUCAAAACGCACUCAUUAGCCAUAAAGAUGAUAAAAAAUAAAGUCGAGAAAAAUUUGGAAGCAGAAGGAGUAAAAGAAAUUAAAAUCAAAGUGUCUGAAGACCGAGCCAACAGUUAUUAUCACGAGAUUGUGGCUACCGAAGAAAAUUCCGAACUAGCCUCUAACACUAUUCUGGAAGUGAUAAAAAAAGGUUAUUUACUUCGCGACCAGGUUCUUAAAGCCAGUCAAAAGACAAAUGGGAUUACUACUGAAAAUGAAUAUGGGCUAGUUUAG